AGUCUAACCUCCUGUGUUGAUGCAUGAAUGCUGGUACCCACUUACAGGGAUGCCAGAUGAUCAGUGCAGAAUGAAGGUCCCAAGAGAGGAUCACAUGGCUCUCUCUGCCCUGUGACGUCACUAGCAGAUGGCAUGGGUACCAGCUCUGGCAGUUGGCAUCAAUGUCACUUUUUAGAGAUCAAUGAGAUAGUGCAGAUACACACAGAUCUAGAGGCUCCAGGAGACGAUGCGACACUCAGCCUGAAAAGAUUUGGAAGAUCCAAAAUGAAAACUGAUUAUUGAAUGAAAUUAAAACCUAAGGUAAAUUAAGGUUAAAGAACCAUGUUAACACUACCGUUUGACGAGUCUGUCGUAAUGCCCGAAUCCCAGAUGUGCAGAAAGUUUGCUAGACAAUGUGAGGACCAGAAACAAAUUAAGAAACCAGAGAGCUUUCCAAAACAAGUUGUCCUUCGAGGAAAGAGCAUUAAAAGGGCCCCUGGAGAAGAAACCGAGAAAGAAGAGGAGGAAGAAGACAGAGAGGAAGAGGAUGAGAAUGGCUUGUCCAGAAGGAGGGGGCUCAGGAAAAAAAAGACCACCAAACUACGACUGGAAAGGGUCAAGUUCAGGAGACAGGAAGCUAAUGCGCGCGAGAGGAACCGGAUGCACGGCCUCAAUGAUGCUCUGGACAAUUUGCGAAAAGUGGUCCCCUGUUACUCUAAAACCCAAAAACUGUCCAAAAUAGAAACUUUACGGCUGGCCAAGAAUUACAUCUGGGCACUUUCUGAAAUUCUGAGGAUUGGCAAGAGACCAGAUCUGCUCACGUUCGUCCAAAACUUAUGCAAAGGUCUUUCCCAGCCAACUACAAACUUGGUGGCAGGCUGCUUACAGCUCAACGCCAGAAGUUUCCUGAUGGGUCAGGGUGGGGAGGCUGCCCACCACACAAGGUCACCCUACUCCACAUUCUACCCACCCUACCACAGCCCUGAGCUGGCCACUCCCCCAGGGCAUGGGACUCUUGAUAAUCCCAAGUCCAUGAAACCCUACAAUUACUGCAGUGCAUAUGAAUCCUUCUAUGAAAGUACCUCCCCUGAGUGUGCCAGCCCUCAGUUUGAAGGCCCCUUAAGUCCUCCCCCAAUUAACUAUAAUGGGAUAUUUUCCCUGAAGCAAGAAGAAACCUUGGACUAUGGCAAAAAUUACAAUUAUGGCAUGCAUUACUGUGCAGUGCCACCCAGGGGUCCCCUUGGGCAGGGUGCCAUGUUCAGGUUGCCCACCGACAGCCACUUCCCUUACGACUUACAUCUGCGCAGCCAAUCUCUCACUAUGCAAGAUGAAUUAAAUGCAGUUUUUCAUAAUUAAUGAGGAAAAUGAAAAUAAACAGUGGUCAUUCACCUCCCACUCUAAUUAAGACAAAGCAGAUGCUUGUGGGCUGAGUAAUUGGCACAACUCUAUCUAAGGUGUUUACUAGUUUCUGAAGUGUGUUUCAAAGAUUGUGACCAUUUUCUAUGUCAUAAUAAAUCCCUUUUCGUAUGAGAACUUCCUUCCCUUCCCUCUUGUCUGUAUCACACUGUGAUUCUCUCUCUCUCUCUCUCUCUCUCUCUCUCUCUCUUUCUCUCUCUCUCUCUCUCUCUUACUGGCAGGAUUUUUCUUUCUUGUUUUAGUUUCUUUCAAAUUCACUUAAUUUGUUUGAACAAGGUGUCUAAGAUGUUGCUGAAUAAAGACAUGCACACAGCAUACUUCAAUGUCUACUUUCAGUUGUACAGUUACGAUGAAAAUGCAUGUUAUAAAAAUCAGAUGAGUAAAAUGUGUUUAUAAUUACUAGGAUUCAUAUAUGUAUCUCUGAAAUUUUAGUUUUUAAAAUAUUAAGAGCUAACCAUGAAAUUAAAAGGUGCAUUUGGGGAUGCACAACAGUAUCAAAAGCUAUGCAAUUUUCUGUUUAUUAGGGACAAAAAUAAGUGUAUUCAGUUGGUAACAACUAUUCCUCUUCAAGCAUUUUCAGAGGAGGAAACACGGUAUUUGGGGGAGGUUAUCAGUGUCAUAAUUUGGGGACAAUUAAUUCAAUCAUGAAGAAAAAAAAUAUUAGCACUUGUUUUGUAUUGUUCAGGAUUUUUCUGUACAGGUUUGUUACAGUGUAUAAUUGUGUUUUCCAUCCUACAGUUUAAAAGCAAUUAAACAUAGAUAUUUCCACUUA